AUGGUUAUCUCAGCAACCACUUUCACCUCUCAGAACACCAACAAUAACCUCCGUGAUGCUUCUUUCUCUUCUUACUUGAACAACAAGAAAGAGACUUUUGCUGAUUCAAGCCACCCAAUUAGCAUCAACAGAAAGGAACCUCUUCAACUUGGAGUAAAGAAAGAAGACGACGGAGAAAUCGGAGUUUUUGAUGCUGAAAAGUAUUUCAAUGGAGUUGAAGCAGACACUCCAACUCCAAGAGUUGCUACCAUAGAUGCUAAUAAAUUCAAGUACAUGAAAAACCAACAACAAAAAUGUCUACAAAAUAGAAAGCCCAAAGUUCAAUAUGGAACUCCAAGUGUUAGCUCAGAAUCAAGCUUGAAUAGCCAAAAUACACUUUUACAAACUGCUGUGAAAAGCUCUUCAAGCAUUAGGAAAAACCAAGUUCGUAGAAAGAGUCUUUUCGCUAUUCUUGGUUGCAAAUGUUCUUGUUAUGAUAAGAAUUCUGUGGAUGUAAAUGAUCAUGCAGGUGAAAUCAGUUUCAACAAAGGUGUAGUUCAUGGAAAAACAACCUCAGAAAAACACUUCAAACAUGAUCAAGAUGCUCCUAAGAAAACCGAGACUCGUUCUGCAGGAGAACCCGUGAUGAACAAAGAUAUAUACUUACGAAAACAAGAAAAGAUUUCUACUUUCAACAUGCAGCUUCAACAAGUAGAGAAUCCAAGGAAAACAUUGGAAGUGUUUGGUUCACCGAUAUUAUAUGAAAGAUGCAAAUCAUUAAGCUUUGAUAUGAGGCUAAAAAAACCAUCUUGGGAAGCAGGUUCUAAACUUGAAGAAGAAAUUGAGUUUUCUACAAAUUCUGGUGAAAACUAUGAUGAUGAAGCUGGAAGUGAUGCAAGUUCAGACUUAUUUGAGAUUGAAAGUUUCACAGGUAAAACCAACCCUUCCUUUUGUAGAACAACUUCCAAUGUUGCUUCUGGUUGUGCUAGUCCAACAUGUUAUGCACCAAGUGAAGCUAGCAUAGAAUGGAGUGUGAUAACAGCAAGUGCAGUUGAGUAUUCAGCUGUUUCAGAUCAUGAAGAUCAAGAAACUAUAAGGACUCCUACAAGAACAUCCUUGAAUUCAUCAAAUGCUAAAGCAAGAAUCAAUAAAGAGACGCCGAAGCGGCGUCCGAGUAAGUUCUUGGGAUGUAACAGCCAGAAAUCUGUCGGUGUUGCUGCUGAUGCAUUCACGACAACAUAUGAGAAACAAAAUAUUAAUCCAAAAGUUCAUGGUAAGUCAGAUAUGUUACCUGAUGUGACAAGGUUUAAGGUGGAUAGUUUUGGUGCAAGAAAAGAACAACAUGGUUAUGGUUAUGCAAAACCUCCUCUUAGGAGAUCACAUUCACCACAUGGUGCACAGCUUUUGUAUAUUUAG